AUGAAGUUGGCUCUGAGACUUCUCCGACCGGCCGCCAAUCAGAAUAUCAAGACGCCGAAGCUUUGGCAAGAUCCGGUGCUCGGAUACUUUGAGACUCACGGAAAAACCGAAUUCUUGCCAGGACAUGAGUAUAAUUUGAGCGACGAGGAGAAGAAGGCGGUUUUGUGGAGAUACCGUGUGAAGGAGAUCCUCAAAAAGGAGUAUCUCCGCCGCGAGUACGACCCUCACAGCUUCAAAUACAAAGAGGGCGUGACAAUGGAUCCAGCAAUGUUCCGUUGGUAUUCGGCCGACAUGACUCAGGCGGAGUUCUUCCGUUUCACACCACGUACCGUCUUUCUCUACGUCGGCACCGUAUUCGCCCUCUUCUAUAUCUACACUCGUUUGAUGUUCGUCCCGAUGGACAAAUCGAAUGAGGCGUGUCUCGACGGAAAGAUUCUCUGGUGGGAUCGUCAACAGGGAAGAACUCUUCAGACUGGAGGAUCCGGACUCUUCGCUCCGACUAUUGGAAUCGAUUUUUAA